AUGAUGGGGUAUGCAUGCGUGUUAUAUGAUUGCGUGCAAAUGUCAGUAGAGGCUAAUGAAUCUCCGUCCUUUUGCCGUGCCUCAAAAAUUCUUGUUUUCGAUACGCUAGCUAGUGUUGCUUUUACCGAAAGAAUUAAAAAAGAUAGGGUUAUGCUAGGGAUAUCGAUUCGCUUGACACGAAGCAUUGGACACCGUCCUGGUGUAAAAGUACCUAAUCCUGGUAGUUCCUUACUUAAUCCAUUGAGCCAGCGCUCACGACUGCGUAAAGCAAUGAACACUUACCAGAGGAAUAAGGAGAACUUCGAGCAACAUGCUUUGUUUGCCAACCCUGGGGUGAGCGCAAGUACGGGGAGCAAAGACAGGUUUGCGCAGCGGCUUCAUCCUACCCAAAACGUCUCAAAUUCUAAGAACAUGUCUGAUAAAAGAAAGCAUCGUGCAUUAUUGCUUGGUCAGAGCGUCGCUGAACAGUCAAAGCACAUGACUGACAACGAGUGGGAGGCUGUUCCAAUGGAGGAGAAGCAUGCAUUUACUAAGUACAUGAGCAAGCUCCUCAAAGAGCAUCCAACUGAGGCCACAGAGCAGCAGCGUCGGCGGUACUUUGAAACGACCAUGCUGGACCCACGCGAUCUUAAUCCCAACCGCACCGUGCGGGAUGAGUACGAGCGCAUCAAAAUAGGUUUGCCUGUUCAGUUGAAGAAUCCGCAGCGCUCAAUGGGGCUGUCACAGGCUAUCUAUGAAGCCGGCGACGCAUCUCUUUUUGAGCCUGAAAAUGUCCAUAAGCUUGAAGAUGCUAUGAUUUAUACCAAGCAGGUAUUCGCAGACUACGUUCGAAAAAAAAGAGAAGGUGUGAGCACCGAGACGGAACGUCGUCGACUCGCCAACCUGACCGCAGACUUAAACGUGGAAACACAGAAACACCUUUCACAUUUGUUCAAAUACGCGCAAGAAAGAUUACGUAAGAUGGCAAUAGAGGAGCGCCAGGCGCAACUUAAGGAGCUCGAGCGACUGAAAGAGUUGGUCUCUCUACACAAAAAGGUGAAAGCACACUCUCCGAAUUCUGAUACUUCGAAAAAGGUGCAGUCCGUAGCCAAACGAAAGGCAUGGCUAACUGCUUCCAUCAGUAAAGCAGUUGGACUAGAAGUAGAUGUAAUGAUGUCUCUGCUAGAGGAACUGGACGCGCAGGAAAAGUUUAUGCAGUUCUGUGAAGUGUUUGCGCGUCUGACUCUGGGAAGGGGCUUUAGCCAUACUUCUGAGGAUGAGGGACUCGAUGAGUACACGGAAAGUCUGAAGAAACUCUAUUCAGUGGAUCCCAAAAAACUGGGCACGCUGGAUGUUGUGCAAUAUAUGGCGGCUAAGGAAGAUGCCCAUCCAGUUGAAUGGGCUAAACGUUGGUACGAAAGGGCUCUGUUGGUGCCGUUACAGCACACACCAGAGUACAAGCGUCUGCAUGAUAUUCAGCAGAUAGAUCAAGAAGCACUUGAACUUAAGAAGUCGCUUGAAACUUGUGAGAAAGGACAACUGACGAGCGUGGAUGGAGACCAUGCGAGUAGUACGAUUCAAAAAUUCGGUCCAAAGAACGAUAAGGAAGGCGGUUCUGGACACGCAAUUGCCUUGCAAAUAAGCCAAAAUGCGACCAAAGAGAGUAAAGACAAAGUGACGCAUAUAGUCGAGAUGAUGUUCCUCAGACCAGAAGACCCACGACUAGAAAGCUUACACGAAAAGCGUCUGCGCUACCUAGCAUACCUGCAGUUAGAGCGGCAGAUUAUGCAAGCGCGGGAAAACGCGAAGCGGUUUGUUGGAGUAGAGCUGAUCCCCGAGGCUGAAGAGUGCCGGGCGCUUUAUCGUCAGCUCAUGGAGCGGAAGAAGUCCAUAUGCGAAGCUUCAGAUCGUUCAGACUCUUUAUCCUCCUUGUCUGGGAAGAUGGAGGAGUGCAGCUCGGAUCAGGGACCAAAUGUAUUUGCCAUUGAUCCAGAGUCAAAUGCAAUAUUUCAGCGGUUACAUGAUAUCACGCUGAGCGUCAUAGCACAGUACAAAAAGAGAAACUUGACUGGAGGAAAGCAAUAUCAAAGCAGCGUGGCCAAGCGAGCGCAAAAGGUUUCGCAGGUUCUUGAGAAGGCUAUGGGCAACCACCGACAAUCUGAGAAAGCAAGUCAAAUACUGGCAGAUCAAAAACAUGCUGUUACCCAGCGUUUGCUUGGCAUUUUAGAACGAGAUGUCCUUUCUGAAAUCGAGUGGCUUGAUGCGAUGCAGGAGGCGGAGCGCCCUCCGCUACUCCCAAUUCCUGAAGGGAUGUCCUACACGUCAGCAGCAGACGUAAAGGCCUGGAAGGGACUUCGUGAUGAGGACGUGAGGAAGGGAGUAAACCCGUUCGAAAAGAAGCGGCGCCUGUUCCAACCCUCUUUGCUUGGCCAGGCCUGGAACAUCCCGGAUAGGCCGCUGCUGUUCUGGGGGACGGGGGCCAAAGUGGUGCAGCAGGCCCUGCAGCAUGCGGCUGAGGACGCGGAGCGGAGGCGUCGGGGCGUACCCCUUUCGCCACCAUACCCUUGCCCUGAAAACCCAUGGGGAUGGCGGUUGGCGAAGGACAUCCUCGAUGACUAAGCCAUGCGGAGGAGACGGCGCGAUGCUCCGCAUGGGAUGGGGUCUUGAGGAGAAAUUGUAUUCGCUAGACGCCAUAUAUGGUGUGGUGUGUGUGCGUAUGCACACACAUACAUAUAUAUAUAUAUACAUAUAAAUA